AGAACUUCCCAUAUCAUUAACAAGAUUUUUGUUGCAGAUAAAGCAACCCUCCAGAGUAGGCAUUUGGGCCACGAUUACAUUCUUACAAUUGCAGAGCAACACCUAUGUGCGCGAACUCGCUGCUUCCGCCAGCUGCUGGAAAGCAGACACACAUACUCUUAAGAAGACCCUUAAAUGCGCGAAACGGGUUGUCGCAGCCGCGCAGCAGCCCUGAAUACGGAUGUUGGCCCCAGACGAAGUCCCUUCCUCGUCGUGCACGCGUGCUGCAUCACAGUCAGUGCGAGACACCCCUUCGCUCGCCGCAAGUCAGCUGUCGCAGCCACACAACUCCCGAACCAGCACCACAUGGAAGAACACCCGUAGUGCAGGCCAAUCAGACUGGUGGUAACGCCAACUCCUUCGGUAACCCCUUUCCACUCCAGGGGUCAUUUCACAACAGAGUCGGGUCCCUAAAUUCUGCAAGCAGCACCGCAACACAUAGCGACAGCAGCAACAGCCCACCCAGCAUCUCGUCUCCAGCGCAUGGAGGGAACUAUACCUUAUACGGCAGCCGUACGACCGUUGGACGCCAACUGCUGCAGCUCCUGCUUUCAACUCCUCCAGUCGCUGCCGGUGACGCUGACCUACGACAUGACGCGGCCGCAGUAGCGGCGCCAGAAGCAAGAGGAGCGGCAAAAGCAGCAUCAGCAGCAGCAUCAGAAGCAGGAUUGAGUGAACCUUCACUGGAUCACGUGGCGGCGCUUGUACGGCAAGUGGCCCAGCUGAUGCAGGCGCACAGCGAUAUGGGCGCUCUGCGUACGGCAAUGGAUACGUGCGCAGCGCAGGCGAAUGCCGCACGUAGCGGGAGCAGCGGAAGCGGCACUGCGAGUGGCCGUGGAGGAAGCGGCGCAACUGGGCCACCGUUUCGCACCGGUGGCGGCUUCUUCGGUGGGGUUACGACAGCGACAAGUCGGUUGGCUGCUGGCAGCAUUGGCAGCAGCCACGGCAGCGCCGAUGCCGCCGGCAUCGGUGGCAACCCCCUAUCAACCCGCAGCCGUGGCUCUUCCUGGUUCGGCGGGAGCUGCAAUCCUCAUGGUGGAUCCAACCAGUCAAGCCGCAUUCAGCAACCGAUUUCGUACGCUGGAACUGUUCCCGGGGCACCGGAGGGACCCCUACCGCCGCAACCAGCCGGCAAUCAAGCGCUCUCGACUGCUUGUGCUGCUGCUGCUGCUGCUUCCAGCGCGCCACCGGCGGCUGUUGAGGCGGCUGAUGUACGGCAGCAUGGGGACGCCGUUCGGGAGUGGGAUUGGCGGCAGGUACGGCGGGUGGUGGUGGCGGGACUGGGCUCCCUGGCAGCCUACCGUACGGCACUGCGCAGCGGCCGCCAGACGGAGCGGGAGAGCAGCCGGGCGGUGGCGAGGCUCUACCAGCUCGCGCUGUCGCUGGUGCUUGGUUCGCCGGUAGUGCUGACGGGGUUGCUAGGCCCUGAGGCAAGCAGCAGCAUUGGUGGCAGCAGCAGACGCGGCCCUGAGGACAGCAGCAACGCCGAAGCUGGCGUCGACAACACGGCAACAUGUACGGAAUUGCGGCCUCUUAGCCAUGCCUCCAGCACAGCCCUGUCCUCCCCGAUGCCUACCGCAGUUGCAGCUGCUGCCGCAGCCGAUACCCCGUCGGGAAAUAAGGUCCAUGCAGCUACUGAGAAUUCUGAGGCGGGCGGGGGCUUACAAGGAGCAGAGUCGGCAGCAGCUACGUCAAUCCCUGCGGUGCUAUACUUUGAUCCCGAGUACCUCGACUGGGAUUUGGAACUUAUACGGCACUUACGGCAUCAAGGCUGUACGGCAACCAAAGACCCGCCGGUGGAGAUAACUGCACUAGCCGCAGCGGCGCCGCCCCAUGCACUCGUCGCUGCCGAACCCACGCUCUUCUACGCGCCCUGCUGCCCGCGAGAACUGUACGACACUAUUAUACGAUCAAACCUGGCGACUGGCACCUUGCACAAUGUAGCGCUGAUUGGCAACAGCCUGCGGGCGCAGUCAGAGACCGCUCUGCUGCUUCAAGCGCUUGGCGGGGCCCGCUCCUUAGGCGGCGGCAUUGGGUUUGGAACUGGAACUGGAGUCGGAGGAGGCGGAUUAGUCGGAAAUGGCCGCUCAUAUAGACCGACGGCUUCGUCACAGGAGGCAGACUUAGGCGAGCAGGAGGAGGAGAAGGGGGAAGCGUUUUUGGAGUUGGUGUCCUCGGGGCGGGUGGCGGAGGUGAUGCUGCCGGACUUUGCGGCACACGGUGUGGCCACGUGCCUGCACCUGUUCGUUUGAGGCAGCAGAAGGUGGGGGAAGGCUGGCAGAGCCCAGUGUCGUGCUGCAUGCCUACAUGAACGUCGUCAUUGCUGUCGCGUUUCCGCUUUUGGGGUCUCCCAAUGGUCGCGGUCGGCGUCUGAUAGCCGCUCACGUUUAGUUGCCACCUUUCGCAUGCAAUGUUUUUCUGCGUGAUGGGAAAGAGUAAUGAUUAAGGAGGAAUGGGUAACGUUGGUAUGUUGGGAGGCGUUUUCCUUAUCGAAGUCCUUACCGUACACUUACAUUUCUAUGAAAGGCAAGGGAAGAUUGCUGGCCAUGACCUGCCUGGAGUAGUCGCCGACCCAUGGGCCAUAAGCCCGCAUUGCUUUAAAAGCACC